CUUGCCAGCCGAUCCCUUCGCGUUUGUCUCCGCGGUUCCGACGCUCCGCACUCCGCUCCCCUCUCCCAAGCAAACACAGCCGAGUCCACGCACGCCUCCCAUCAUUCCUCAACCGCCUCGCCGGAGCAAGGGGAGUAGCGGAGGAUGGAGAUUGACCAGGCGGUGCGCGGGUGCAGCGACCGCCGCAUGCGCACCAAGUACAGCAACGCCGUCUACGUCGUCCAGCGGGCCUUCGCGCUCUACCCAUUUGAGGAAGUUGCCUUCAGCUUUAAUGGUGGGAAGGAUUCAACUGUGCUCCUGCAUUUGAUUCGAGCUGGUUACUACCUUUACAAGAAGGACUCUGGUGAUGUAGCCCAAACAGAUGCUGUUAAAAACUGUCCACUGCGUACUAUCUAUUUCGAAAGCCCUUGUGCUUUCCCUGAAAUCAAUUCAUUCACUUAUGAGAUUGUCUCAACUUAUGGGUUACCUCUGGAAACCAUCCAUUCAGAUUUCAAGUCUGGUCUAGAAGGCCUUCUGAAGGAGAAGCCCACCAAAGCAAUUUUCAUUGGCACAAGAAUUGGUGAUCCAAAUGCGGUUGGUCAAGAACAGUUCUCUCCUAGUUCACCUGGCUGGCCUCCUUUUAUGAGGGUGAAUCCAAUCUUGGAUUGGUCAUACAGGGAUGUUUGGUCUUUUCUAAUAACAUGUAAGGUCAAAUACUGCAGCCUUUAUGAUCAAGGGUAUACUUCCAUUGGGAGCAUACACGAUACUGUUCCAAAUGCACUCCUUAGUGAUUCAUCAUCUGAGAAAAGUUUUAGACCAGCAUACAUGCUAACUGAUGGAAGGCUUGAAAGAGCUGGUAGAACAAAAAAGAUUAAUCCUAAAGUAGAAAUGAAUUCUGCUGCAAGCAAUGGCAUCAACGAUACUGAGGGAGGACGGAUGAUCUCACGGGCGGCAUCAAUCAUUGUAGUCGGUGAUGAAAUUUUGUUUGGUACAACUGAGGAUAACUUAGGAGCAGCCUUGUGCAAGAAGCUUCAUGCAAUUGGCUGGCGGGUUUCUCAUGUAGCAGUUGUUCGCAAUGAGAUUGAUUCUGUUGCUGAAGAAGUUGAACGUUGUAAAUCUACUGAUGACAUGGUGUUUAUUUUUGGUGGACUCGGGCCGCUACAUUCAGACGUUUCUUUGGCUGGUGUCGCGAAAGCAUUUGGAGUUCGUCUGGCUCCUGAUGAAGAAUUUGAAGAUUACCUUAGUCAACUCAUGGGAAACAAUUACACUGGUGACCGAAAUGAGAUGGCACAGUUGCCAGAAGGUAUUACAGAAUUACUGCAUCACAAAACGCUACCAUUGCCAUUGAUCAAAUGUAGAAAUGUCAUUGCUCUUGCUGCAACCAAUAUGGAUGAACUAGACACCGAGUGGGAUUGUCUUCUAGGUACCCAGGAGAGUGGUCUAAUGCCAUCAAAACCUUUUGUGUCAAAGCAUCUCAGCACUACACUUUCAGAUGUUCAAAUUGCUUCAGUCCUUGCAAAACUGUGCUUAGAGUUUUCUGAUGUUUACAUAGGGUGUCAUCGGAUAUCAAGAGCUGGUCCUUUGGUUGUGAAUCUUACUGGAAAGGAUAACCAGAGGGUAGAUGCGGCUGCCGAGAAGCUGACAAGCAGCUUUGAAGGACAAUUUUCCCAACUUAACAGUUGCAAAUAAGCUGUCAGAGACACCCCUCUAUUUUUGCCAAAUUCUUUCCGCCUGAAGCUCUGAGAUUGUGCAGGACUGAUGAUGGUGCUCAACUGCUCUAAACCGACGACCAAAAUAAACCACGGAGCUGGUACUACUUUGAAGCUACAAAUUUUAUUUAGGGAACAUAGGAAUUUUGUACUAGGAAUUGGUAACUGGGUUCUAGCAUAAUGUAGCUUUGCAGCUAAUAUUUUGACAUUAUUAUACGUUCCAAAUUAUUUCAUUUAUACU